UACAGCAAUGGUUAGAAAGUGUACACAAAAUACUUGACAUGUCCGAACUUGAAAGAAGGACUGGCAAAGAUCUAACAGAUAAUCUGCAAGUGGGAUCUUUUCCUUUACUGCAGUCCCAGCAGUCACAUCUGAUAAGUUCUCAAGCCUCAAAUUCUUUUGAAAAAGUGAUUCCCCUUUUUUCUAAAAGAAAGUUCCCUAAUCUCAGAGCUAGUCAAUAUGCAUCUGUUUCCUCAGUGGAAUAUCACAAAGAUAAUCCUUCUAGAUUGAUUACAACACAUGAAAAUCCCAAUAUUAAUGCUAAAUACACUCGCAUUGCAACUGACCCAAAUUUCCAGUAUAAAAGUAUAACAGAAGUCCCAGAGCAGUACAGAUCAAUAUUUUCACACUUCCCUCACUUCAAUAAAGUUCAAUCAAAAGUGUUUGAUGAUGUCCUAUACUCUGACAAUCCUAUUGUACUAUCUUCUCCUACAGGAUCUGGAAAAACUGUUAUUUUUGAAUUAGCUAUUGUGAGGGCACUUAUUCAGACACCAACACAUGAGAUGUCCAAGAUUAAAAUUGUUUAUAUGGCUCCAAUGAAAGCAUUGUGUGCUGAACGAUUAUCUGAUUGGAAGAAAAAAUUUUCCUCAUUCAACAUCAAGUGCUUGGAAGUUACUGGUGAUAGUGAUAAUGACGAUUACAGUGCCAUAAAAUCUACAAAUCUCAUAUUUACAACUCCUGAAAAGUGGGACAGUGUUACAAGAAAGUGGAAAGAGCAUGUUUCCCAGAUGGAACACAUUUUGUUGUUUCUUAUUGAUGAAGUUCACAUGGUUGGAGACAGUGAGAGAGGUUCAACAAUUGAAGCUGUCAUAAGCAGAAUGAAAUGUAUAAAAGAUGUAACGAAGUCUUCACUUAGGUUCAUUGCAGUAUCAGCUACUAUUCCGAAUCCUGAGGAUUUUGCAUCCUGGUUGAGCAGUUCUAACAUGGAUUCAGUUUGCUUUAAACUUGAUGAAAGCUACAGGCCAGUUCCUCUUCAAAAGGUUGUUUUGUCUUUUGGGGACUGCACACCUCCAACUGCAUUUAAGUUUGACUUAAAUCUCAACUAUAAACUCCAUAAUAUAAUCCAACAGUAUAGUUCGAAAUGCCCGACUAUUGUAUUUUGUUCAACCCGCAAGAGCGCAGCUCAAGCAGCAAGUACUCUUCAAAGUCAAAAACGAUUUGUGUUCAGUGAAAAUGAACGUCAGCACAUCCGUGAUAGUGUAGGAAAUGUGGUCGACUGUAAACUAAGAGAGCUGCUUGUUUGUGGAGUAGGAUACCAUCAUGCUGGUUUAACUCCCUCUGACAAGGGAGUUGUAGAGACUCUUUUUACAGCAGGCUAUCUUCCAGUUAUUUGUGCAACAAGUACCCUAGCUAUGGGAGUCAACCUGCCUGCCCACCUUGUUAUUGUUAAAUCAACUCUUCAUUAUGCUGGUGGAAAAUUUAAAGAAUACUCUCCUGCUGAUAUCAUGCAAAUGAUCGGAAGAGCUGGGCGCCCUCAGUUUGAUACGUCUGCUGUUGCUGUCAUUAUGACGCAAAACUCCACAAAAAAUCUGUAUAACAACCUAGUUAGUGGCACGCAAAUUAUUGAAAGCAAUAUACAUCACAAUCUUACAGAGCAUUUGAAUUCAGAGAUUGUUCUCAAAACAUUAACUCAUGUAAAGACUGCAACACAAUGGAUGACAUCCCUUUUCCUUUAUGUCAGGAUCACUAAGAAUCCAACAAGGUAUGGGUUGCCACCAAACGUAUCACCAAAUCAGAUCAAAGAAUUUCUGCAAAAUGCUGUUAUGAAUGGCAUUAAUAGUUUGAGAGAGCUGAAUUUUAUAUCUUUUUCGCCUGAUGGAACAAUAUCUCCAACUGAAUCAGGUUCGCUCAUGGCUCGAUUUUAUAUAAGCUUCAACACUAUGAAAACUUUUUCCCAAUUAAAAGGCGACGAAUCACUCAAUGAAUUAAUAGGAAUUAUUGCAGCCUCCUAUGAAUUUUCUGAUGUUCAGCUUAGGGUUCAGGAGAAAAAUUCAUUAAACUUAUUGAAUAAAAACAAAAAUGGGCCAAUUGUAAGAUACCCAUUUAAGGAUAGAAUAAAGACAAAAGAGAUGAAGACAAGUAUUCUUAUUCAAUCAGUUUUAGGGUGUCUCCAAAUCAGUGACUUUUCAUUGAACCAGGAAUCAAUAAGAAUCUUGAAGGUUGCAGGUCGUGUUUCAAAAUGCCUUCUCGAAUUUCAGAGCCAAAACCCAUCAUUUGAGUGUUAUGUCAAUUGCUUACUUCUGAUGAAGUGUCUAAAUUGUAAGCUAUGGGAGAACACAAAGUUUGUUGCCCGUCAGUUUAAAAAUGUUGGUCCUAUGCUUGGUAACUUACUUGCCAAUACUGGGAUUGUAACCUUGCAAAAGCUUGUUUCUACAGAUCCUCGGGAGCUUGAAAUGAUAACAAACAAGAACCCUCCCUUUGGUACUAAUUUGGUUGAACAAGUUUCUACUCUGCCUCAAUAUGACCUGUUUGUUCAACAAACUGGAGACCUUGAGGAAAACAAGGCCACUCUUCAAGUGAUUAUCAAACCCAAGCAUGACAAAGAACCAGCAUUCAAUUCGCUCACAUCACUAGUUAUUGGAACUCCUGAAAAUGUUCUGAUCUAUAAGCGUAAAUUUAAGGACAAAAAUGUAUUUGAAAGUCAGUCUUUUCAAUGUGAAGUGAAUGUCUACCGUUCAAUUCAAAGUCAAAGUGUGAUAUUUUGGUUGAUAAGCCAUUCAUUUGUAGGAGGUGAUAUCAAAAGCAAGUUUACUCCGAAAUUCAUUGAGAAUAUCUCGUUCAAAGAGGAAAAAGAGCAGGAAACAAGUCAUUCCAAAGUUUCUGUGAAAAAUCGACCAAAGGCUGCAACAAAUCCUUACAAGCAGCAUAUUAAUCCGUAUGCUAACAAAAUAGAGUUACAUACUUUGAAAAUGGAACAAAAACUCAAAGAUUCAUCUCGCAUUGUCAUUGGUAAGAAUACCAAUCGAGAAAUAUCUGACCAGAAAUCGCUCAAAUUAGAAGACAUUGUAAACUCACCAGAUGAACUUUCUGAUUUCGAUGAUUUGCCGGAAAUAGAUUGGAAGAUAAAAGAAAUAAUUGAACCUCAGAAUAAAAAUUCUCCUGAUGUUCCAAUACCGUCUGUUCAAUCCAAGACCAUCAAUCGGCUUCAAAUUAAUGGUAAUGUGAACAUGCAAGCUGUUAAGCCAAUUUUGAAAUCGUCCAGUUUCAAUUUAGAACCUAAGACUUCUCUGUCAAGUGUAGCAAUGGGUGCUGAAAAUAAGAGUGGAGAAUCCAUUGAUGUGUUGGUGCAAGAAAUGGAAGAUUCAGGCUAUUUUGAUGAUUUCGAAAAAACUAAAUCUUUUAAUGUUGGUGUUGAUGAAUUGCUUGCGGAGGAUUACAACAAAGCUCCGGAAUAUUCUAAAGUAACUGAAAACCAUGGUACCCCUUAUUUGCUGUCGAAAUCAAACAAUGUAUAUAAUUCUAGCAGGCCAACUUGUGUAUCUUUACCCAUGGUUAAUCUGGCUCAACAAGAAUCAGCAAGUCGAGAUACUCCCGAAAAACAUGAUCUCGAUCUCAAAGUAAUACGAGUUGAUGAGAAUGGGGAUCAGUUCAGAGAAUGUGGUCACAAAUGUGCCGAUAAGACUUCGUGUUCACAUUUUUGUUGUCGAUAUGGUGUGAAAGUGAAGCCAUCUUCCAAAAGAGCUGCAUCAGCUUCUACUGAUUUGCCACCUGUAAAAAAGAAUAAAGUUAAUGUUAUAAAUGGAUUCUUUGAUUCCAACUCCUCUCUUGCAGCUUCUUACAGAUCUAAAACGGACAGUUUUAGGAUAACUAAAACUAGCUCUCACACAACUGUUAGUACAACCCACGAAAACUCUGGUAAUCAUGGUAACAAGUUCACUGAUGGAGUAAAACAGAAUUAUUCUCCUUGGAGCAGGUCGGGUCAAGCCUCGGCUGAUAAAACUAAAACCACUGUAGAACCCUUACAAAUUGUGAAUAGUGGAUUCCCAGGAAAAUCUCGGAUCACUCAAAGCAUUUCACAACCGCAGGCUGUCUCCCAUGCUCCUCCUUUAGUGAGAGUUGGUGACAAAAAUCGUGUAGCUGAUAACUCAAUUAAUGUGUGUCAAAUAAAACAGAAAUAUGUGAAAACAUUAUGUAAUUCAAAAGAAAACCCUGCUGUUGUUCAGAACUUUGAAGCCACUCAACCUCCAAAAUUUCAAACGAACGUUGGAUUUUAUGGGAGUGAUGUUUCGAGCUCAAAAUCAUCAAGCUUUUCAUCGAUUUUCGAUGGAAUUUUGUAAUGUAUAAAAAGAGUAUUUAAUUUCAGUCAAAUUAAUGUUCAUUUCAUUUCAUAUAAUAUUGUAUGUUUAUUUCAUUAUGUUCAAGUAAAUUUCGUUUUUUGUUGAAGUAAUUUUGGUGCGGUAAUCUUUUGAUUGUAAUUUCAGUACUUUUGUAAUGUCCAUGAUUCUCACGUUGUGAAGACAUUUUUAUUCUGGCUGCAGUAACGUUAAUGAUAAUGUUUAUA